AUUUUUAUAAGUCUCCUUUCGGUUUUGUCGUGACGUAAAUUGAUGCUAUUUUUACUUUUGACAGGUGCCCAGACAUCAUUAUAUAUAGAGUUUACGUUCAUCGAGGUCAUUAUCAAAGAGAAGAAUACUCGAGCCGACCCAUGGCGUGCACAUGAUACUUCAGACCAACUUAACAAUUUGAGGAUGAAUGCAGUUACCCUGCAAACAACUUCCUAGACAAAAUGGACCAAGAAUCAGAUGAAGUUUCUGGAGUCCAACCUCCUAUCCAGGAAGACAAAUCAUGGACUGAGGUCGACACUUACACUGCUAAUUGUAUGGAAGAUGUAUUGGACUCUGACAGUCCAGUCAACAGGGAAGAAACCCAGCCACCUGCUGAUGACUGCCAUGAAUCGGGUCCAGACUUCAGUCAGCUUCCAGAGGUUGUUUGGGUGGAAAUAAUGAGUUAUCUCCCCCUCCACCAACAGUAUCUGGUAUCCCAAACAUGUCAAGUACUGUAUGAGAUUUUCAACCACCCAAGCUUAUGGCACACAAUGAAGAUCCACCUCUUUGGAUGUACUGACAAUUUCUCCCGUGCCUUUAGAAGCAAAAUUUGUAUUCCUAACAAAUACAUUAAACUUAUCAACAAGUUUGGCAAAUUUUUCAAACAGCUUACCCUAUCUGUUACUGAAUACCUCAACAAAUUCCCAGAGGAAUGGAUCAGCAUCAUGCAGGAGCUGAGUAGGCAGUGUCGUCUGGAAAGCUUGACUUUGGAGAUAGGAAGGUUGACAUCCUACUACCAUAUUGAUGGAUACCAGCCAUCAGAGAAUGAUAUCGGUACAUUGGUGUCCUUCAUUCAGAAUGCUGUUCGAUUGAAAUACUUCCAUAUCAAGUCAUGGCCAAUGUAUCCGAGUAGCCUUUCAAAUCCAGAUUUGAAUAUCUUUGAAGUUAUCCUCAAAAAUCCCAAGUUGAAAGACCUAGAGACUCUCAGUCUUUUCUGGUGUAAGGCUACAGAAUGGUCGGAGAGAAUGCCCAUCCUUCCCUCGCCGGAGGCAACUUUACCAAUCAUACACAAUUUUCAGCAUCUGAAAAAGCUGAGCUUGCGAUCGCCAAUGCUAGAUAAGGACAUCAUACUUGAGCUGUCUAAGCCGGGACGCUGUAAGCUGAAACUUCUACAGGUUUUUGUGCACUUUCAUCCAGAGAAUGGGAACUUCAAAAUACCAGAGAUUGAGUCAUCAGUUUGGAAACAGUUUGUGCUGGCUAAUCCUGGGGUGGAGAUGGAAUGUACAGUAUUGGUCAGAACUCCCCAUCUAGAACUGGCAUCCAUGUUGAAAACAGAUUGUCCACUCACUGCAAUCACAUUCAUGAAAUUUUCAAGAUGUGAUUCCCAGAUUGUUGCUUCUCUGAGUGAAAUGUACUGCAGAAGUUUAAAGAAAUUUGCAUGCUAUUGUGAUCCAUCCUGCAAAGAAAAUGAAGUUGUCUCUCUCGCAAUGAGGUCUCCAAACCUGAAUCAGUUUGUAUACUAUGGACCUCUCAGCUGUGAAUCAGUUGAAAAAUUGGCACAACUCCACGGUACAGGUUGGAAAGAAUUUGUUAUCCCUGCUAGCUGUAUAACAGUCCAAGAUGUACCAUCCUACGAUGAUGACGAUGACAGGGUUAUUGCCCCUGGUGAAGACGGAGAGUAUUAUCUUGUUGGAAUUGCAAGGUUUCACCAGUCAGUACACCCCGACUCACAGCGGAAACAAGAAAUGCAGGACAAAGUGUCUGCAGCCUUAGGUUACAGUUGGAAGCCAGUUUGAAAUCUUGUUAGUCAGGCACUGUUACUGUAUACAUUUUAUUUAUAUAACCUCGUAGCUUAUUUUUGUAUGAAUUGUUUUUACACUGAUCUGAAAUUUACAUAUAUGGGUCAAUUUCAAUACUGAAAAUGGGUAUAACAGGAAAACAAAUGUUUCAAAAUUUUGUUUCAAAAUUACACCAUGGUCUUCCAUCAGAAAUAUGUACAUACAAUGUUUGUAUUGAUCAUAAGAAGGGCUGGGAAAGAACCAUCUUCACUAACCAAGGGAUACAAUCUGAGAAGGUAGAUCCUACCAGAUCAUAACCCUUGGCUAGCGAAAAUGGGAUAGAACACUCUCACAGAAAUUAAAUUAAUGCUAAACAAGUACCAAUCAAUCAUUGCUGAUCAAAAAGGUAUGAGAACUAUUCCACUAGUCAUAUUCUGGAUACUAUCUGGAAAAAACAAAAAAUUGCAAUAUUUAAAGCAUGAUAUUUUUAUUGUUUCAAUAAAUAUUCUGUUGCUAAAUAGCUUGUAACCUUUCCAAAGAUACAAGGUCUAAAAUGAUUGAAUGGUGCUUUUAAUAGAACAUUAAAAGUGCAUAAAGUAAAAAAUAAAACAAGAUUGUUAACAUGUGCAUUGUAUUGUAGCUGUACUGGACCAGGUCGAUUGUCGGCAACUGUAGCUCAAUUGGUAGAGUGUCGGUCUACAUUUCGGAGGGUUACGGGUUCAAACCUUGGUCUUGCCAUGUUUUUUUUCUUUUCUCUCCUGUUACAGUAUUAUGCCUUUCAUUAAACUCCAUGGACAGAUUUAUAGGAAUGCCAAUUGCAACAUGACAAAUUCUAUACAGCAUGCUAGCUUUCAAAGGGAAAGAUGUUAAACACCGAAAGAAUUUCAAAAUAUAUUUUAAUGUCAUAAAAGGUGAUUUUUUUAUCAAAAUACAGCAAUAAUUAUUUCAAACAGCUGUAUGUUUGUUUAUUGACUAGAACAGACAUCUUCAAGAGAGGAUAAGUAAUAUCUAAUAUUACAUUUCUAAUAUCAUGAUAAUAAUUUGACAUCAACAUGUUGGCCAUGACAUUCAUAGCUGAUAUGAAUGCCACAUGUGAUUGGUAAGGUUAUAAAGAAUUUAAUAGGAAUAUUUUCCAUUAGAUUGUUUUUGACUAUUAGAAGUUUUUCAACAUGUACAUGACACAUGACAAUCAGAUGAUGUUUCUGUGACAUCACACUGACUGCACUAGUACUGGGGACUUGUUUGUUGUUCAUUUGUGACAAUCAUCAUUGAUUUAACUAUAAUUACUGCUAUUGAUUUUUUAAUUAUUUAAAAAAAUUGUUAAGGUUACCAGGGUAAGUAAUGGUGAUUUUAUGAUACUGUGUACAAGAACUUUGAAGACUUUUUGAUACUUUUUGUCAUAAAAAUUUAGAAUGUUUUAAUAUUUGUUGAAAUUUAGAAAUUCUAAGUCAUCAUCUAAGUGUUCAUUAUUUAAAUAUCUAUAUGAAAAGGUCUGUUUACAACAACAUAUGUGGAAUACUGUGUUUUCAGAAGAUUGCUUCUGAAGAUAUCCGAACAUAACUUGCAUUUUGUGAAAUAUUGUUUUUCAUAUCCUAAUGUUUUUUUACAAUGGAAUGUUUAAAUAUUUUGUAUUAAUAAUAUAUUACACCUACACAUAUUUUCAUGCAUGUUAUUGUCUUAAUUAUUACUAACAAUAUAUAUACAAGUGUAUGCCAACGUUUAUUUAUUAAA